AUGGCCUUUGGGAAGACGGGUUAUACAGAUAAAUGCCGGAGCAUAGUUGGAGCCUUGCAAUAUGCCGCAAUCACUAGGCCGGGCAUCAACUUUGCUGUGAACAAAGUGAAUCAGUAUAUGGCAAAACCAUUGGAGACACAUUGGAGAGCAGUUAAAAGGAUCUUGAGAUAUCUCUCAGGAACUUUGGAUCAUGGAAUUCAGAUUAGGAAAUCAACUAGUGACAUUUCUGCUUUUUCAGACUCAGACUGGGCAUCAGACUUGGAUGAUAGGAGGUCUACUACUGGUGUCUGUGCCUAUCAUGGAAGAAAUCUUGUGUCGUGGUGUGUGAAGAAGCAAACUGUGGUAGCUAGAUCUAGCACAGAGACUGAAUACAAAAGUCUAACUCAAGCUGCUGCAGAGGUGAGAUGA